CAAACAAACAAUGUGGCAUUGACGAGAUUUGUUCACCCUCGGGCACGCUAAUAAUCUCAUAAGUGAAUUUAAGUGGAACCUUCACAGUCGCGCCCUUCAAAAAGUUCAGAAAGUCCACACGUCGCUCUCUGCCUGUCUGCUUGCCAGACUUCUUUACGGAACGCAACUGUCGGCUUCCUUUCCAUCGACUGAUCUUCCAUUCUUUCCUGUCCAUCAAGACGGCAUUGUGAUAUUUUGCUUCCCAAUCUUUCAUCUGUUGCUCGGCACGGAUAGUUGUCGCACCCCGUUGAGUGGUCCAACUGAUUUCCAAGCUUAGCUUGCUAUCCUGUUCCCAUCCCACUACCUUAAAAUCAACAUGGCGCAAGCAAUGGCUAUACAGCCCAACCGGCCUGGGUUGCAGGCUACUGCACUCACAGCUGAUGAGCUGCGCGAAAUACAGGAGUAUGACAAAAUUGUUCGGUUUCGGGACAGAAUAUUGUCCGGGAGCCAUCCUCGUAUCAAGGCUCCUACCCAAAGCUUGGGAAACGGCCAAAGUAGACCGCAAUUCUCAUCACAGCCUGCCACAGAAACAAUCAGCAGCUCCACACGCCAAAUUCUCACCAAGAGCUACCAAAUAGAUAAUCUGGAGUCCUUCAGGGCAAAUUCGCAUCAAUCAGCUGUUGCUGCCACUGCUGCGCUGGGAUCCUCGAUCACCGGCGUUGGCACAUCCCGGUCGUUUGGCUCAGGCACGACCGAGAUUGAUCCCCUUCUACUUACUAAGUCUGAUGAGCUCAUCAAAGCUGAGCUACAGCUCCAAAGGCAGAAGUUGGAGAGGACUCUAAGAGAACAGCUGGAUCAGUCCCGUGCUGCGAGCAAGGCGGCUCAACAGGCUUCUGAGGAGGUGUCUGACUUCAAUCACUCUGAUGUCCUCGCGAAAGCCCUUACGCUCGUGCAGGCAACUGCGCCACCUGCUCCAGCUGAUGCGAAUCCGCCUGCUAACCAAUCUGAUGCAAGUGACUCAUUCGACGAGAAUACAUUCUAUUCUAGUCAGCAUGACACUCCCGAACCCCAUAUUUCACCUCGCGCUCACAACGCCCCAGAAAGCAUCCAGAUCCCGGAUUCUUUACCCUCCCUGCCUCGGCCGAAUCCCUCUGAACAUGUGCAAUCGUUACCCAAUGCAGGUUUUGCUCCUGGUAGAAACGAGGUUGGGACGUCGCGCCAAGUAUACAAUAGUGGGGGACGACCGCGUGUCCAGGCACCUGUGCCUGAGGUUGUAAACGCUCAAGUUAUCAGUUCUAAUGAAAGCGGUACAACGAGCAGAUCUAACUCCGGCAAUGUCGAUUCCGAACAGCGUUUGAACCAGCCCCGCGUACAGCAACCUCAUCAGCUGUUGGCCGGCCCUCAGCUCAGCCAUCCUGGUUCGCCUCUCAUCAGAGCGCAUAAUCUCUCUCCUCUCGCUCCUCAACCUGCACACGUCUCACGGUUGGCGACAGUGCGGCAACCACCUGUACUAGAUCCAGAAAUAAGCAUACUGCCGGGCGCGCCAGCUCAAGUAGCGGCCUUGAGACAACAGGAAGCUGGCAACGGGACGAGCCCAGAGAGUUCGCCCCAGGGCGAGAAGGGGAAUAAGAAGAAAAACAAGAAAAAGAACAAAAGGAAAGCUGCCGAGUUGAGAGCGCAGGAGCCCCCAGUUUCGCCAUACAUCAAACCCGAGCCGCGUUCCCCAUCCCCUCUUUCCUGUCCACAGUUUACACGACCGAACAAGCGGCAAAGACAAUCGCAUCGACCCCAGCAAGAGCUGAAUUAUGACGAGCCGAGGGAGCCGGUCGAGAUAGGUCGGCAGGAAGAAUAUGUGCCCAGACCUCACCGCGAGGAGAGGUUACCCAUGGGGUAUGAGAGAAUCGAUGAUCCAUAUGCGCGCCCGAUACGCCAGUCAGUGGCUCCUAGCAGCCACAGGUUGGGGCUGCCGGUAUAUGAGGAUUGCAGGCCGGACGAAACCGUCAAAUACGUUCGCCGAGUCGCAUCACCGUCCGGAUAUCCCACGCAGUAUGUUCCAGGUGAGAUUAGAUCAAUGCGCUCAGCGACCUAUUCCUCUGCGGCAGAACCUCUGUAUCAGGAUGGUCCCGUGUACCGUCGCGAUGGACGUAUGAGCGUAAGGCCAGUCGCAGAUCGUGCCCGGUCCCGAUCUCCUGUUCUAACGGAGGCAUGGCCAUCUGCGAUGGCUCCGCCGCGUGCCCUGCCACCGCGAAUAGUUAGAGAUCAGUUUGGUCGUGAAUACCUCGAACCAUCUCCUUCACCCCCUGUUGCACGACACUCGGUUGCACCCGUCGGAAGACCGGAGCCCGAGAUUGUUUACGAGCGAGCGCCAGCGCGCCCUGCGUCUCGACUGCUGGGUCCAGACAAUACGUAUGAACACGAUGGUGUGAUUUACAGACGCGCAUCCCCGACUUUUGCGCCCAGGCGUAUCGUCACCCAGCCAGAAUACGGAGCCGUCGACUACCGUGGUUAUCGGCAACGGGAUUACUCGGCUCAGCCAAUCCCUGCCCCGGGAGGAGAGUAUAUUCAGUACGGAGGAGUCACCGAGAGGCGAAUCAUUGAGGAGAUGCCGCGUGAAUACUCGAGGGCCGCUAGCAUUAGGCCUGCCGAGCCAAUUCGAUAUGAAUACGGUAGAAUGCAGAGCGUCCGGCCGGAUAUGCCACCACGGGAAUAUGCGGCCAGCGUCCACCCCGAAUCGCGGCGUGAGCUUCCACCUCACGUCAUUCCAGAGUACGGUUUCAGACCUGCCGAAACGGGCAUACCCCGACGCGAGUACAGUGCUCGGCCUGUGGAGCGGUAUUGCGACCGGCCAGCGAUGCCCGAGGAGGAAGUUGCAUUCAUUGAGAGGCCGCGUACAGUUCAGCAGGAAAUUGUUUAUGAGGAUGGUCGCAGAAUAGUACCCGUUGGUCCAUGCGUAAAAUGAACCAACACGCGGUACUAUUAGUGCUGUGUCUUCAAUAGUACUGUAACCGCACUAAACCAUGAUACCGUGAAAAGUGCAACGUCACCUACAUAGCACCACCUUGUCACAAUUGAUAAUUGAAGCUAUUUGUAAACG